GUCGCGGACAAUAUACGUCAUCACGUUCGGUUGACUACGACAACCGCUUCCCACUACACUUCAAUAGAGUUUAGUUUGGGUCCUUCAUUUUGUUAAAACCUACAUACUUUUGAUUUUUUUCUCUACAAACUUUGGUAUAAGCUUUCGAGUGGACUAUUGAAAUGCUCUUUUCAUGUAUUUUCGAUUUGGGGGUUUGACAGAGCUUCCAUGCGCCUUCCCAGAAAUGCAGCGGAAAACACUGCUUGUCUGUGCUUUUCUAAUAUUCAUCACGGAUUACUCUUACGCUUCCUUUGUCAUCACCGUUGACCUCGGAAGACCGAUAGCACAACUGAAACACUUCUGGAGAAGCACUGGUUUCUGCCCUCCUCUCCCUCACACUCAGGCUCACCAGUAUGACUUGAGCAUUGACCAGCAACAGAACCUGGCCUACGUGGGCUCUGUCCCCCAUGGAGGAAUUCAACAGGUCAGAAUACACUGGAUGUUGGAGCUGGUCACUGGACAAGAUAUUGGAGGACAACCCCAUUACAAUUUUACAAAACUGGACCAGCUGAUUAGACUGUUAUGGAUUAAUGGACUCCAGCCAGGAUUUGAACUAAUGGGCAGCGUCUCAAACUACUUCAACAACUUUGAAGACAAAGCUCAAGUGUUCAAGUGGAAAAAUCUGGUUUAUCUCAUAGCCAAGAGGUACAUUGACAGAUAUGGGCUAGGAAGUGUUUCUCAGUGGAACUUUGAAACAUGGAACGAGCCCAACAACCACGACUUUGAUAAUGUCAGCAUGUCAAUUCAAGGAUUCCUCAAUUACUAUGAUGCCUGCUCAGAGGGUCUAUGGGCUGCCAGCAACCUGCUGAGGCUUGGAGGUCCAGGAGACUCCUGUCACUCGCCCCCACACUCACCUUACUGUUGGGCAAUGCUUCAGCACUGCUACAAUGGCACCAACUACUUCACUGGAGAGACAGGGGUCCGAAUUGACUACAUAGCUCUGCAUAAGAAGGGAGGAGGCUACUCCAUGCCCAUCCUUCAACAGGAGAUUCAGACGGUGGAGGAGAUCCAUCAGCGUUUCCCUCGGUUCUACGGCCUACCUGUGUACAAUGAUGAGGCUGAUCCACUUGUGGGCUGGUCCAGGCCUCAGGAGUGGAGAGCAGAUGUGACCUACGCUGCUAUGGCAGUGAAGGUGAUCAGCCAGCACCAGGAUCUGAAAAUAGCAAACAACACCAUGAACUACACUCUUUUGAGCAAUGACAACGCCUUCCUCAGCUAUCACCCACACCCCUUCACUCAGCGCACACUGACCGCUCGCUUUCAGGUGAACAAUACCCAGCCUCCUCACGUUCAGCUCAUCAGGAAGCCCAUCCUCACUGUCAUGGGCCUGCUGGCUCUUCUAGGCGAGACACAGGUCCUGGCACAGGUUUUUAACUCCCCAGGAGCCAACGAUAGCACAGUGGGAGUUCUUGCAAGCAGUCACCAGCCCCAAUUACCCUGGGGCCCAGACAGCUGGCAAGCGACUGUGCUGGUGUACAACAGUGACGACAACCGCACCUCCACCAGGACUGAUGGUGUCACUGUGUCACUGAGAGGACUGGAGCGACACACAGGUCUUGUGUAUGUCACCUAUCUUAUGGACAAUAAUGUGAGCAACCCAUAUCAUCAAUGGCAGAGCAUGGGAAGUCCCAACUACCCCACAAUAGACCAGUUCAAACAGCUCAGGAACACCCAGGACCCGUUUGUUGAUGGACCCUGGCCAGUGCCUGCAGGCGACACUCUGACUUUAAAGGCAAGACUGUGUGUUCCCUCCGUGCUACUGAUACACAUAUGUGCACGUCCAAAAGCAGCUCCAAACCAGGUCAGUGGCUUACGCUUCAUCAAGCUCACCAAAGGUCAAGUCCUCAUUAUCUGGUCUGACGCCUGUGUGGAUUCCAAGUGCAUUGAGACGUUUGAAGUGGAAUUCUCUGCAGGCCAAAAUGAGUUCAGCAGGAUUAAUAGCCACAACACAAUUUUUACAUCCUAUGUUUAUUCACCUGUGGACCAGGAAGUGUGCGGCUGGUACAGAGUUCGAGCUGUGGACUACUGGGGCAGGCCUGGCAUGUACUCGCUGCCUGAGAGGUACUCAGAGGAGAUUUAGACAUGGCUCGCUUUUUGGAGACACAAAACACAUCCAUGAUAUAAAAAUUGAGUUUUUCUUCAGUUAGAACACUUUUAUUGUCAUUGAAUGUAUUUUAUGUUUUAAUAAAGGAAAAAGCUUCUUUCAA